AUGGUCGAAGAACAACAGCAGCCGCCGCAACGGUUCAAUACCCGUCCAGAGUCGUAUGCGCCGCGCCCCGUCUCUCCUGCUCCUCGGACGACUGGCUGAUGUGUGUCGCAGCACCAUUGCUCAGAACUUCGCCGCAGACCUUGACAGCAUGUUCGGCUUGAGCUCCGGCUCCGACGGUGUGGACACCCUGCACAAGACUGUCGAGGAGAAGUAAGGAAGCUCCCAUUGGCACCUCUCCACGGCAAGUACAAUGCGUACUCCAUGCUAAUCCAUCGCAGGAAGCAAACCGUGACCUCGGGCGAGGCAACGUUGCAGGAGUUGGAGGCCAAGCUUCGCGAGACGGAAGAGCGACUGGCAAAGGUCUCCCGACACAACUCGCCCUCGCGACAGGCCAAUACUGCGGUGCCUAGAGCGCACCCCGACAACAACAGGCAAGCCGCUGACGGCGCGGCCAGGUCUAGCCCGCUGGUACAGAAACCAACCUACCCCGUCGACAGACCUCCAACCGCCAAGGACCGACCACCGACAGAGCGUGCAGACACCAGGGAGUUGAUGAACAGUAUACCCGGCGGAAUGCCAGAAGAGACGCCCAAUCAGACCGGUGGCAACGAAUAUGUCAUGGUGGACAGGAAUGCAGGAACAGCUCAGCGAGGUUAUGGUUAG